AUGGCAUCCCACCCCGAGGUCCGGGCCAGGACUUCGGCCUCCGAUAUUCCCUUGAAAGACCUGGAGUCGGCGACCAUUUCCAACAAUACAGGAGUUCCGUCGCGCUGGAAUGGCUUUUCUCAAUUUCAUCCGUCAAACAUCCUUGCACACCCCGAGAAACUGGCACCGAGCAUGUCGCAGGACGACUGGGUAGCUUCUUUGGAAAACGCAUGGCACAAGUUGGCAGUCGCGUUGACUCCGAGCUUCCUUCAGCAUUGGGUUGGAGGUGAGGCGCCGCAACCUGCGAAACUCCAUGCGAUAGCCGCUCUGGACGGUCUGCGCGGCUGGGCCUGUCUGUUGGUCUUUAAUUUCCAUUUCCUCUUCACAUACACAUGGAAGGUUGCAAUAGGAUGGGGAUUUGGUGGAGAGAACUUUGCGAUUCAUCAGCUUCCCAUUCUGCAUAUGUUGAUCUCGGGUCACAUCAUGGUGGCCAUUUUCUUUGUCCUCUCCGGCUACGUCCUCUCGUACAAACCUCUGAAAACAAUCCGAAACAGGUCCUUUGAUCAAACAUUCACGACGCUAGCAUCGGGAACUUUCCGUCGAGCAUUCCGACUCUACAUCCCCGCGAUAGCUGGAAUCCUAUGCGUCUUUGUGGCUGUCCGUCUCGGUCUGUAUAAUUACUCCCAGGGUGUCAUCAAGGAGGGCCACACUAUUCUCGGCACCAAUGAGCAGCACCCGAUUAUGUAUAAAUCAUUCACAAAGCAAAGCGAUGAUUUGUGGUUUACAUUGGCAACAUUAAUGAACCCAUUCGACUACAACCUCUUCUACAACUACUACAAUCCCCACCUCUGGACAAUCCCCCUUGAGUUUCGCUCCUCGCUCAUCCUUUUCAUUGUUAUCCUGGGGACAUCACGCUUGGUGGCACCCGUGCGCAUGACGGUUGUCUCCGCUCUGACCUGGUUCUGCGUGCGCUAUGGCCGCUGGGAAAUCGUUCUCUUCCUUUCUGGCAUGCUGAUGGCCGAGGUAGAUCUCAUCAACGGAAUCUGGGAACAACCAAAGCGGACCACAACAGAAGACGAGAAAACCACCAUCCGCUUAAACACUGGCAGUAAAGUGACUAUCAAUGUCUCCCGGCGCUGGCUGUGGAUCUCACUCUUCGUAGUCGGUCUAUACUUCGGCUCCUGCCCCAACAUCGGCUUCAAAUGGACCCCCUUCUACGGAUGGCUAUGGCAUGUCACUCCAAAGACAUACCCAGAACCACACCGUUUCAGUCAAACAAUCGGUGCAGUCCUCAUCGUCUUCUCUAUCAAUCACUCCCCGGAUAUUCAAAAACUAUUCACAACCCCCUUCUCCCAAUACCUGGGCAAAAUCUCCUUUGCGUUCUACGUCGUUCACGGUCCCAUUCUCCACUGUCUGGGCUACGCGAUCAUGCCCAAUAUCUGGCAUUAUACUGGCAAGGAAACAAACUUCCAGUACUGUUUCGGUUUCCUCAUCGGCUGGCUCAUUUGCCUGCCUAUCGCUAUCUGGAUGGGCGAUAUCUUCUGGCGUCUUGUUGAUAUUCCUAGUGUCAAGUUUGCUCGUUUGCUGGAAGAUCGUGUCAUUUCCAAAGGUCCUUCCCAUGGACCUGGGACUUUAUCUUUACCCCGGAGGGAAUAG